UUGACGCGAGUACGCAGCUCGAGCGAGCUCCUGCAAAUCAUCACCUUUCUCCAAACUCUUUCAAAUUGGGCAAAAGAUAUCAUGUGAGGUCGCCAAAGGAGACAUUUGGCUCACAGACAAUAACUGACAUCUGUAUGAUGUUGUUGAGAUAAGACUGACUGUAAAAAAACAACAACAGAAGACUGCAUUCACGGUCUGGCAUUGUGUUAGACACGUGCAUCCUUGUGUAAAGCGAGAGAAAAGAGACAACCUUCAACAACCCAGAAAAGGAAAAAUAAUGCAUAUUCGGCAUUGUUUUCUCUUCUGAUUUUUUUCUCCGGAGCAACCGAGCACUCAGUCUUUUUACUGAACAUGUAUCAGAAGGGAAAGUCAACACACCGACGAAGAUGAACCCAUAUGUCACUUCCCAUUUCAGGAGGGAUCUUUUUCCUCAUUUUCAUUUGUUGUAGUACGAUGCAGGAAUCACACGGAUACACCUGCGUAUAUACAAAUAUAUCAGUAGCUUCUAUUAAGGUGUUGAAUUUAAGUGUUUGUUUUUGUCCAAAGGAUUUCAUGUUGCAAAGUCUUUAAACUUAUCAGGACUCUGUAAAGUGAUCAGGAAAUUACUAUACAAGGUAAAUGGUAAUUCUAAAAGGUAAAAGGUAAUUCUACAUGUUUUGAUUGUUAGAUAUGCUUGCAUAAUCCCAUGUUAUUGAUGCUUGUUUAUUUUGAAAUCUUUCCUUAUUUACUUCACUUUGCCAGAAAUUCUGAUGUUCAGGUGGCCUUCCGAGAGCUUGUUGAAAACAGGAAUCUGAUUUAAGACUGAAUUUCUCAAAGCCACUGACACUUACCCUCUUAGCCACUCAAGACUCAAAACUUUAAAACCAUCUUCUUGACUUGACCCGCAGAAAACUAAAAGACAUCUUCAGGUGACCUGUGUACUUACCUUUUUCCUUUGCAUAAAUCGUCCAACUAACAUGAUUAAUGCCGAAUUCAAGUACAAAGUAAUCGCUCUGUUAUUUUUUUUCUUUUGUAUCUGAUCAGGCUUAGGCGAUAUCUCGGCAUUGACGCUGAGCUUUAAAUGAGGUAUGUCUGGUUGGGUUUAGACAACUGUUCCAUUUGAUUUCUUGUAUAAUGUAAUAACCUUCAGUGAAUUCACAAUGGCAGUCAGGCAGCUAUGGAGACUGUUGAAGACAAAAUGUGAAGUUGUUAAAGCUGUAACGUGAUGGCUCAAGAAGAGAUGGCUAUCAAACUUCUUUUACUUGGGCCCUCUAUGUGACAUUGUUCUUGACUUCUAAAUGUAGCUGUCAGUUUUAACAGAACUUAAAUGAGCUGAAACGGAUUUGUUAGUUGAUUUAGUAACAUGAGUUGAGUAUUUAAUGUCUUCAAUGUGCUGUUUUUUUUCUUUUGGCAAGCCACUACCAAGGGGUUAUGAAACUGAAGAACUUUAUCGUAAGAAACGGCAUGUUUUUUUUUUCUUUUCAUCUGCAUGUUAAGAUAUUAUUUUAUCAUAUCUCCCCCAGUAUUUGUCUGUUUCCAGUAUAUGCACCGAUGCCCAAUAUGUUUGCCGGAUAUAUGCAUAGCCUUUGUCAAAUUGUGCCUAAGAUUGUCUUCCAUUUUAUUUCUUUAAACUGAGCAAAUCCUGCAUGCUUUUUCAUGCCUGUUGAGGUCAAUCCAGCCCUUCCAUUCCUCGCACAUCAAUUCUUACCUCUAGAUAUAUGCCGAGUUACCACUACCGUCAUUGUUUUUGAUUUUGCUUCAAUUUCUGGCCACUGUUCUUCCAUGAACACACCUGAGGAUGUACUUCAUGAAACCAGUUUUCCUGUGUGAUCUACCAAUGAAAGGAUUGUUCUUGCAAACGACAUAAGAAGGACACCUGCAACAUGUAACUGACCAAUGAGUUUGAAGGGAGUUCUCCUAUUGCAAUGGGACACUAUGGAUUCUGAUUAUUUUUUAUUUUAGGACGACUGACACCAUUGUUACUAUAUCGCACAACUUGAUUGUGUCACAUUGAACAAAAGUGACACUUGAGAGAGCCUGAUGGGCGCAGCACGUGUGAAACGGCGAUUUAGUGCUGUGGUGGAUGGGCCAGUAGAGGAGGAGGAGGUCAUGAGGCUGGCACAGAGUGCAGCAGACACUGCUCAGGCAGGAGGUAGCCCAACUGGUUCUGGAACCCCAAGCAGCCCCUCCCUGACCCAUGCCAUCAAUGGCAUGUCCCUACCUCUUCACAGCGAUGCACGGAGGCAGAGUAGCACAGGAGAGUCAGCGGGAGGAGAAGGCGGGGAGAGAAUGGGGGCAAUGUGCUCAGACCUGAUGAGGGGAAGAGGAAGUAGUGAAGGAGGAAGAGGGGAAGGCCAGUCAACCUCAGACCGGAAUUCCCUUUCUUCCCCCUCCACUACGCAACGCUGGCGCACCAAGCGUGCAGGCCGCCGGCCCCGGAAGCGCUUUGUGGGCAAGGACGGACGCUGCAACGUUACCUUUGUCAACAUGAGCGAGAGGGGCCAGCGGUACCUCAGUGACCUCUUCACCACCUGCGUGGACAUCCGCUGGCGCUGGAUGCUGGUCAUCUUCACUCUCUCCUUUCUUCUCUCUUGGCUGCUCUUUGGAUUUGCCUUCUGGCUCAUUGCUUCUGCGCAUGGGGACCUUUCCGUUCGCCUCAUCCCCAUCACCGGCCCCUCGAGUGACAGAGAGGGGGCGGCGGCGGCGGUGGAGGAGCCGUGCUUCUUCCAAGUGAACAGCUUCAUGGCGGCCUUUCUCUUCUCCUUGGAGACGCAGACAUCCAUCGGUUACGGAUUCCGAAGCGUGACCGAACAAUGUCCCCUGGCGGUGGUGGCGGUCGUUUUGCAGUGCAUUGUGGGCUGCAUUAUUGACGCCUUCAUCAUCGGGGCAGUCAUGGCAAAGAUCGCCAAGCCCAAGAAGCGCAACGAAACUCUGGUCUUCUCAGAAACAGCCGUGGUGGCUCUCAGGGAUGGAAAACUGUGCAUGAUGUGGAGAGUUGGAAACCUGCGCAAGAGUCACCUGGUAGAGGCGCAUGUCCGAGCACAACUGUUAAAGUCCAGGGUGACACCAGAAGGAGAGUUCCUUCCGCUGGACAACUUGGACAUCAAUGUUGGUUUUGACACUGGCACCGACCGGAUAUUCUUGGUCUCGCCCGUCACAAUCGUCCACGAGAUCAACGACGAGUCGCCUUUCUUCGAGAUGGACCGCAAGACCCUGAAAAGUGACACGGAACUGGAGGUGGUGGUGAUACUGGAGGGUAUGGUGGAGGCCACAGCAAUGACCACGCAAUGCCGCAGUUCCUAUCUGGCUUCGGAAAUCCAGUGGGGAUAUCGUUUUGAACCUGUCCUCUUUGAGAAGAACGACUGCUACGAGGUGGACUACUCAUUCUUCCAUCGGACAUACGAAAUCCCAAACACGCCUUUGUGUAGCGCUAAAGAGCUUGCGGAACUGAAAUACUUAAAGAGCUCACCCUCAUCAUUCUGCUAUGAGAACGAAGUGGCUCUGCAGCCCAUUUCUUCUGGGGAAGAGCCUGACCCAGAGCCCAAGUGCCCUGUUGCAUCAAACAGGAGACUGUCAGACCACCUCCACUUCAAUUGAGAAAAUGACAGGAAGACAAAGCUACAAAACAGCUUUGGAAUGAUUCUAGACUGACCUUGUUGUCUGAUUGGGCCUGGCAAUCUUUCAAAAUCAUUGAAAACUUUAGUCUGCUAAGUCCCAAACUGGCCCAUCACUACCACAGCAGAACAACAGCAUCCCAUGGUGGCUGUGACUUGCAACUGCAUUUCCAGUCGACCACCUCGUUGGAGGUGUUUCAGAUGAAUUUGUAUGCAACGAAUGGUAGUGUAUCCUCCUAGGUAAACUCCAGGAAUGUAUCUCAGUAUUAUGUUGAUUUCUCAUCAUUAUUUUAUAUGGUAAGUAUGGACAGUAUACUGUAUAUUUUGGGAAGGUUGCUUGUGUUUUUUAGACAUCAAUUACAUGGAGAAACAGCGAUGAACGAGCAGCCGUUUCAAGCUUUUCCAUGUAAUGACUGUCUGCUCUGUUUUUGUUUUGUACAGUAUGCAGAAACAUAGCAUGAUUGUGACAUCUUCUUUCAUUUUUUAAUUCUUUCAGUAUAAUGAACAGUGAAUCCCUGUUUAUCGUGGGGGAUACAUUCCAGAUACACCCGUGAUAGGUGAAAAUCUGAGAUAUAAAAAAAACUUACAUUUUUAAAAAUAGUUUUACCCCUCCCACAUGCUGUAAACAUAUUUAAAUAUAUUAAAAUACACAUAAACGUAUCAAAACACACAGACAAGUAUUCCUUACCUCCUUCUCUUGCUGCCAAGAAAUGAGAUUAUCGUAUAACAUCACUAUGAGGAAAUGAAGGUAAGCCAAAGCGCGCUUACUUCAAGUUGUUUAUUUGUCACUUUUAGUUAAUUAACUGUAAAACUGAUUUAUAAAAGAGAAUUAGAAUGUUCAACCAAACCCUAUAAUUUUGUGUAAGAAAACCCUGCUAUCUUAUUGCUAUCAUAUAAUGUGUAUUGCCAUAGAUGGGUUAAUGGAAAUUGCCAUAGAUGUUCUGGUAAUUAUAAAUCUUUAAAUAAAUGUGACUGACUGAAUGACUGACUGACUUUAACAUACAUGGAGCAGCAACACACACAAAAAGAGAAUACAACAUUGUAAUACAUAUACAACCCCAAUUCCAAUGAAGUUGGGACGUUGUGUUAAACAUAAAUAAAAACAGAAUACAAUGAUUUGCAAAUCAUGUACAACCUAUAUUUAAUUGAAUACACUACAAAGACAAGAUAUUUAAUGUUCAAACUGAUAAACUUUAUCAUUUUUAGCAAAUAAUCAUUAACUUAGAAUUUUAUGGCUGUUCAAGUUCAUGUUUACCACUGUGUUACAUCACCUUUUCUUUUAAAAACAUUCAAUAAACGUUUGGGAACUGAUGACACGAAUUGUUGAAGCUUUCCCAUUCUUGCUUGAUGUAUAACUUCAGCUGUUCAACCGUCCAGGGU